AUGGUGGGAAGAAAGAAAAAUCGCGCGGCUGCACAGCCUGUUGCCCGGACUCCUAGUAUUUCUACGCGAUCUGGGCGAACUGCACAAGAUACCAUUGCAAUUCCCACUACUCGUGGAAGAGGUCGAGGCCGAGGACGUGGUCGCGGUCGUGGCCGCGCCAGUCUCCCUGGUCGUCUUCCUUCUGAAUCACCGAGUGGACCAGAAGUUCUCUCGCGUAUCAUCAAAUUUAAAAUUCCUUCACUCAAACUAAUUCAACAUGCUGAUUCGGAUGAUCCCCAUGAGGAAAAUGAAAGCGCAAACGCCAGUGCGGUCUCACAGAAUCCAGAGACUCCUCGCACUCGGCGUCCUCGGCAUCCACGGACUGUUCCUGAGUCUUCGCGGACCACCCGACAGUCAGCAAGACUGAAGCCUGAUGGGGAUGGAAUCUAUGAAGAGGAUGUCUCGCCAACUAAGGUCGUUGAUAAUCAAAUCACCGAGCCAGAUGAUGACAUGGACUCUCACCACUACGAUGAGGAAUUCGAGUCCGAACCUCCCUUUCAAAAAACAUCUCAAUCUCCUGAACCUCGCAUGGUUGCUUCAGCUCCCGUGUCGCCUGGAGCUACCCAAAUCGACCCUGAUGCCAUGGUCGAUGAAAUGAACAAUAACACGAACGAUAUCUCUGACCCAGCCAAAGCAAAGGCCGAGGAAACUCCCGUCGGGCAAAGUCCCAAGAUCUCACAGGUUGAACAAGCGCUAUUCAGUGCGGUGUCUUCACCCCGACUUGCGCGCAAGCGAAAGUCACUUGAAUUGCAAAAUGAAAUCCCGGAUAUUGAUUCCGAGGAUAUUAUGAACAAAAAGCUGCGAACUGACGAGACGGAACUCGAAGAGACUCCAGAGAGCAACUUACAAAAUGGCAUGGAGCUUGAUACUCAACAUGACACAUCUCCCGAGGACAUUCCUAUUCCUUCGGAAGAAUUCGACCCCCCUGCUUACAACCCUACCGUUCGAGGAGGCCGUGGAGGUCGAGGAGCCCGUGGCGGCCGCGGUCGAGGACGUGGCCGCGGCCGUGGUCGCGGAAGCCGCGGUGGCUUCGUCGGCCCAAUUCGACCUGCAGCAGUUACCAAGACUCGAGGCGGUCGAGGGCGUGGCCGUGGCAAGGCCGCCAUUAUUAAACGCGGCAAGAAAAUCGAAGACGAGAUUUGGGAUGUCGCCGAAAAUUGGCGUGGUCCGACUCCAUCCCCUACCCCGGAAUCUAUGCCAACAAAGACUCGCCAGGAGGAAAUGUCUGCGCUGUUCAAGAAGGUUGGACAGGCGCAACAUAUUGCGCUGAGUUUCAUGGCCGAGCAGAACAUGAAUAAGCUUGCUCGCGAGAAAAAUGUUCACAAAGAAUGUCCUGAAUUCGAUCAAGUCCAGCGGGAUCUGGAUAGAUACGAACACAAGGCAAUUAAGAGAGUGAGCAACGAGUACAAGGUGAACACUGAGCUGGAGACGCGGAAGUAUGAGGGCAAUGUUCACAUUAUCAAAAACACCUCAAGUUUACUCAUCGAGCAAGUUCAAGAGGAAAUGCUUACAAUGCUCAUGGGCAAGAUGAUGGCCCUGAUCCAGGGCCGCAGGGUGGCCGAGGAUGAUGAACACACUGAGUACGAUACAUCGGAUUCGGAACAAUCCGUGAAGCAAUUCCUUUUCCGAGAUGGCGAGACGGCAGUACGGCAGGUAGAGCGUGGAUUUGCAGCCGAAGCAGUUCGUGACCCGGAGGGGGCAGUUGACUUUGUGGCAGCAGAGGAGGGAUGGGAGGAAUUUGUCCAGAGAGUACGGCUGGGCCGCUUGAACGAGGAGAUCGCACCAACAGAAAUCACCGAUGAAGAUGCUCUGCGAACCUGCGCCAAGGAUGCCUUUGGCAGCAUGCUUCAUGCAGCCACCUUUAUCAAGGAGCAAGAGGCGGCCGGCAAGGUUGUUAGCUACGAUGGCGCCGCAGAUUUCCCAGUGCACCCACGAGCACUUUCUAUUCUGGCAGAUGCGGCUCUGACCGAGCCCCUCCAACAUCUUCCAAUGAUGCGCACCGACCCUGGUACUCACCACCGUGCUCUCCUCCCUCAGCCUACCCACGCCCACCCAGGGCCCCCUCCCUCCUCCCUCCACGGCCACGGGCCAACGGACCCGCGGUCCUUCAUUCUCCCCCGGCCCACCCCAACCCAGCAGCCGCGGCGUCUUCUCCCUGCGCGCCAGCAGCUGGGGUUGGGGAUGGGCCUGCCGGACCCGUUCGCAAUGAACGGGCCGCCGCAGCUGCCCCCUCCCCCGGGCUCGAACUUUGCGCGUCUGCCCCUGCCGGGCUACAUGCCCCAGGGCCACGCGCCCUCCCUGUACUUCCCGCCGCCCGGAUCGCACCCCCCGCCCCCGCCGCGCGGGUACUAG